AUAAUGGCACCCAUAGCUGUUGGUGACGUUAUCCCCGAUGGAACCCUUGCCUACUUCGACGAGUCUGAUCAGCUACAGAACGUCUCCAUACACUCCCUCGCCGCUGGAAAGAAAGUCAUCCUCUUCGGAGUCCCCGGUGCCUUCACCCCUACUUGCAGCAUGAAGCAUGUGCCAGGCUUCAUUGAGAGCGCAGAAGUGCUCAAGGCAAAGGGCGUUGCUGAAAUUCUGCUUAUUAGUGUGAACGAUCCCUUUGUGAUGAAGGCAUGGGCAAAGACGUACCCAGACAACAAACAUGUGAAGUUCCUUGCUGAUGGCUCUGCCAACUACACUAAAGCCAUGGGGCUUGAGCUUGACCUUGCAGAGAAAGGACUUGGAACCCGGUCUCGCAGGUUUGCUCUCUUGGUUGACGACCUCAAGGUGAAAGUAGCUAAUGUUGAAGCGGGAGGAGAGUUCACAGUCUCCAGUGCAGAAGAAAUUCUCAAGGCUUUGUGACUAACUCACCCCCGCUCUUGCCUUUAAGUAUCUCCUACUACCCAGUCCAUCUUCCUUGGUCACAACUUAAAACUCUUUUCUUUUAAGAAAAUAAUUGAACACUAUCGUGCAUGUUUUGUCAUUUUAAGUUGAAUGUGGACAGAA